AUGGCUGUAGCAUCACCUGUCCUUCAAAUUCUGAAUCAUCCAUACCUUCUGGAUUCAUCAGAGGGUCAGGUUAGCUAGCUACAACCCAUAGUCAUAGACCUCUUCUUGCCUAGUUCCCUCUCUCGAUUUGGAUCUGCAAAUUUCGCUGCUGAGGUUCAGCUUGCUUAUUGCGAGUGUUAUACUUGCUGA